AUGAUAAAUGUUGAGGUCUCUUCUCAGGAAUUCCAUUGCAACAUGGAAUGCCAUGUAUUUAUCAAUCAUUGUGGUAAGGAUGUGAAGAAGACAGUUGCUAGUCUUGUCUACCAUAAUCUCUCUAACAAACGACUCAGAGUGUUUCUCGACUGCAAAUCACUUCAACAAGGGCAGCCUUUUCCCCUCACAAUUCACCAAGCAAUUGCCUCGGCUUCCAUUCAUAUUGCUAUUUUUUCUAACAAGUACGCAGAAUCCGCGUGGUGUUUAAGGGAACUGUGCUUGAUGGAGGAAAGCGGAGCUCCCAUUAUCCCCAUCUUUUGUGGAGUUCGACCCCGUGACCUGCGUCAGAAUGGAGGAGUGUACUCAAAAUCGUUGAGAAAACAUCGUCUCACUCGCAGAGUGGACGGUGAGACUGUUGAGAAAUGGAGAGCCACGCUCCGAAGGAUUUCGUAUAAUUACGGAUUUCAAUUUCAAGGGGAUCAGGGAAUAGUAUUGGAGGAGAUUGCAGAGUGUAUAAUGCAACAUAUCGAGGCCAAACGCCGUCUUCAGUUCAGCAGAGUGGCUCUGUCAUGGGAUGCAAAUCUAGAGUACAAAAUUCUAAUCAUAUGUAAGACAAUUCGCUAUGGAGAUGUGCAUUGUAGGGGCUGCAUCACCGCUGCCGAUGUGAUCGGCCUUUUUAAAAACUAA